AUGCCCCUGGACCCCGACUCCUCGUCGCCGGCGCCCGCGCCGCCGCACCGGGACUGGUUCUUCCCGCCGGCGCCGCCGUUCCUGCCUUCCUCCAGGGCGCGGAUCCCCAGGACGCCCUUCCCCUCCACCUACCGCUCCUCCAAUCCCUACUCAGCCUACUCCCUCGCCGACCGCCGCCCGCCUCCUACCCCACGCUCCCGUUCCCGCUCUCCGCACCCACCGCCGGAGCAGCAGCAGCAGCUGACGCCGCCGCCGUCGACCCCUCCGUCCGCGCCGCGCCGCCGUGACCCCCGGUACGCCGGCGUCCGCCGCGAGGAUGUCCGUACGGCUGCCUCCGAGCAAGCGGCGCCCCCGACGUCCGCGCCGGUGCACGGGAGGAAGCUCGCGGCGUCGGCGAUCGCUCCGCGUUGGUCCGGGGUGCUCUCCGCGGCGGUUAUUUUACUGUGCCUGGCCUCCCUUCUCCGCCGGAACUUCUCGUUGCACGAUCAGGUUUACCAUCUGCAGGAGCAGCUGGCUGUAGCUACUGCAAAACUUCAGGCAUGCAUUGUAGACCCCUCACUGGAUACGAGCAGCAUUAAUCUGUUUUAUCAGGAUGCUAACAGUACCACGCAGAACAGAAGCCUUAAGAACCUCUCCCUGCUUAUCUCCCUUUCGGUACUAUACGCACCACUCCUCAUUCUCAAGUACGUGGAUCUUGUGUCAAAGAUAAGGAGCUCACGUGACUCCGAAGAAGUUCCCAUAAACAAGCGGUUUGCAUACAGAGUCGAUAUAUUUUUGUCACUUCAUCCGUAUGCUAAACCGUUGGUCCUGCUUGUUGCUACGUUGUUACUAAUUGCUCUUGGUGGGCUGGCUCUGUAUGGUGUGACUGAUGAUAGCUUAUCUGAUUGUCUUUGGCUGUCCUGGACCUUUGUUGCUGACUCGGGGAACCAUGCCAGUGCUGAGGGUUUUGGACCCAAGCUGGUUUCGGUUUCAAUUAGUAUUGGUGGGAUGUUGGUUUUUGCUAUGAUGCUUGGUCUUGUCACUGAUUCAAUCUCUGAGAAGUUUGAUUCUUUGAGGAAAGGAAGAAGUGAAGUCAUAGAGCAGAGCCACACUCUAAUUCUUGGAUGGAGCGAUAAGCUGGGAUCUUUGCUGAACCAAAUUGCCAUUGCUAAUGAAAGCUUGGGAGGUGGGACCAUUGUAGUGAUGGCUGAGAGAGACAAAGAGGAAAUGGAAGCAGACAUUGCUAAAAUGGAGUUUGACUUGAAAGGAACAGCUGUAAUAUGUAGAAGUGGAAGCCCUCUGAUACUCGCUGACUUGAAAAAGGUCUCAGUUUCAAAGGCGCGAGCAAUUGUUGUUCUUGCUGAAGAAGGAAACGCUGACCAGAGUGAUGCACGGGCACUGCGAACAGUCUUGAGUUUGACUGGAGUUAAAGAGGGACUAAGUGGUCACAUAGUAGUUGAGCUUAGUGAUCUCGACAAUGAAGUUCUAGUCAAACUUGUUGGUGGAGAUCUUGUGGAAACGGUUGUCGCGCAUGAUGUGAUUGGACGAUUGAUGAUACAGUGUGCACGUCAGCCAGGCCUUGCUCAGAUAUGGGAAGAUAUUCUUGGUUUUGAGAACUGUGAAUUCUACAUUAAGAGAUGGCCUAAGUUGGAUGGAAUGCGAUUUGAAGAUGUGCUGAUUAGCUUUCCUGAUGCUGUUCCAUGUGGCAUAAAAGUGGCAUCUUAUGGGGGCAAGAUUAUUUUAAACCCUGAUGAUUGUUAUGUUUUGCAAGAGGGUGAUGAGGUGAUAGUAAUUGCAGAGGAUGAUGAUACAUAUGCCCCAGCACCAUUGCCCAAGGUUAGGAGAGGGUAUCUGCCUAAAGAUUUUGUUGUUCCAAAGUCUCCAGAAAGAAUAUUGUUUUGUGGUUGGCGCCGUGAUAUAGAAGAUAUGAUAAUGGUACUUGAUGCUUUCCUUGCGCCAGGAUCAGAGUUGUGGAUGUUUAAUGAUGUCCCUGAGGUUGACAGAGAAAGAAAACUGAUUGAUGGAGGUCUGGACUUCAGUCACCUUGAUAAUAUUACUUUGGUGCAUCGUGAAGGAAAUGCUGUUAUUCGCCGUCACCUGGAGAGCCUUCCUUUAGAAUCAUUCGAUUCUAUCCUGAUUUUGGCAGAUGAAUCUGUAGAAGAUUCAGCAAUCCAAGCUGACUCGAGGUCACUUGCAACGUUACUGCUGAUCAGAGAUAUUCAGGCAAAACGUCUUCCAUACAAGGAAUCAUUGGUUUCACAUGUUUCCCGAGGGACCUUUUCUGAAGGUUCUUGGAUAGGGGAGAUGCAACAAGCAUCUGACAAAUCUGUCAUAAUCAGUGAAAUUUUGGACCCCAGGACAAAAAAUUUGUUGUCAAUGUCAAAAAUUAGUGACUAUGUUCUUUCAAAUGAACUAGUGAGCAUGGCAUUGGCAAUGGUCGCAGAGGAUCGACAGAUAAAUACUGUCUUGGAGGAGCUCUUCGCCGAACAGGGAAAUGAAAUGCAAAUACAACCUUCCGAUCUUUACCUUAGAGAAGAAGAGGAGUUAAAUUUCUUUGAGGUCAUUCUGCGAGCUAGACAGAGGAAAGAGAUUGUCAUUGGGUACCGUCUUGAGGCAGCUGAGCGAGCCAUAAUCAAUCCAACAGACAAAGUUUCAAGGCGAAGGUGGUCACCCAAGGAUGUUUUUGUUGUUAUAUCCGAGAAAGAAUGA